ACGGUGAGAUCAAUCUCUUUAGUUCUUUCUUAUUCCGGGUCACCCGGACCCAGUUCACCCGGAUCCAGGUCACCCGAAUUCAGGUCACCCGAAUUCAGGUCACCCGAAUUCAGGUCAACCGGAUCCAGGUCAUCCGAAUUCAGGUCACCCGGAUCCAGGUCACCCGGAUUCAGGUCACCCAGAUCUAGGACACCCGGAUCCAAGAGCCAGGACACCCGUAUCCAGGACACUCGGAUCCAGGACCCAGGUCGCCGGGAUCCAGGUCACCCGGAUCCAGGACACCCAGAUCCAGGACCCAGGUCACCCGGACCCAGGUCGGAUCCUUCCUCCAGGCUCCCCUUUCCGGAGCCUAGAGAAAGCAAGAACUGA